CAUGGAAAGGGGACAGUAGGGCUCUAGACCCCACCCCCCGCCUGCCGCUACUGGCUCCAGCUCCUUACACCUCUCUCUGACAAAAAGAAACAGCGAAAGGGAGAGAGGGCGUAUGAAAGAGAGCCGAUGAGAAUGGUACAAACCCGAACAGCUUUGUGUGUCACACUCGAAUACAUCGCAUCCACAGCUAUGACCUAGGCGCGGAUCGUCGCUCUCAAGACAAGCGCAACAUCGGAGAGAGCAAUUACGCACAUGGUUCUGAUAGAGAAUGAAUGCGAAGCUGUAUCCAACAAUUCCAAAACGCCCGGUUGAUCUCAUUUUGCUACCAUUAGAGCAUCAACUGGAUUACCAUAAGGGAGAGACGAGAACGGAGCACAGUAGCAACGUCUUUACAAUUGAGGAAUAAGAGAUUUUGCUCCAAUAAUUGAAUCAUUUACUUUUCAUCAAAACACAAAUAUUUGUAUGUAUUUAGAGGUGUAUUUCCAAGGACACAUACAUUAAAGCACGGAUAGCCGUCAUUAGGUCUACUCGGAUUUGAGCAUAUUGACACUAUUAGUUAUCCUGAUGGAAACUGCUUCAAAAGCUCGUCGGCUAUCCAAUGUGUCCACGGCAUCUAACGUGUCCAAUGUGUCCACGUCCAGCGCAGGGACUGAGGUAGGACAGAGCGAUGUGCAGAUUUGGGGGGACAGACCUUUACCUGUCGACUACCUUGGUGACAUCUCGAUCCUGGAUGACGGGAGAUGGUCUAACUCUAGCGUGAAGAAACAUCACCACAAGCACAACCUGAAGCACCGCUACGAACUGCUGGAGACACUGGGGAAAGGGACAUACGGCAAAGUGAAGAAAGCCAUCGAGAGACAAUCCGGCAAAGUGGUGGCCAUUAAGUCCAUCAGGAAGGAGAAGAUCAAGGAUGAUCAGGACAUGGUUCACAUCCGCAGAGAGAUCGAGAUCAUGUCCUCCCUCAAACACCCUCACAUCAUCUCCAUCUACGAAGUGUUUGAGAACAAGGACAAGAUAGUGAUCGUGAUGGAAUACGCCAGUAAGGGAGAGUUGUAUGAUUACAUCAGCGAGCGACGGCGGCUGAGCGAGAGAGAGACACGACACUUCUUCAGGCAGAUUGUUUCCGCCGUGCACCACUGUCACAAGAACGGAGUGGUGCACAGGGAUUUAAAACUGGAAAACGUGCUGCUGGAUGAAAACUGUAAUAUCAAGAUUGCUGACUUUGGUCUGUCCAACCUUUACCACAAAGACGAGCUCCUUCAGACGUUCUGUGGCAGCCCUCUGUACGCCUCACCAGAGAUCGUCAACGGCAGGCCCUACCAUGGUCCAGAGGUAGACAGUUGGGCCCUGGGAGUGCUUCUCUACACCCUGGUCUAUGGGACCAUGCCCUUUGAUGGGGAAGACCACAAUAAACUCAUCCGCCAGAUCACCAACGGAGAGUACAGGGAACCUACACAGUCCUCAGAUGCUCGUGGUCUGAUCCGCUGGAUGUUGAUGGUUAACCCGGAGCGUCGAGCCACGGUGGAAGACAUCGCCAACCACUGGUGGGUCAAUUGGGGCUGGAAGACCACUGUGUGUGACUGUGACGUCCAGAAGGACAACAGUGGCUGCAUCUCUUCUCCAACGCUAGCACGCUUUAUCGAUUGGCAGAACCGCACCACAGAGUCACCCAGGGUGGUGCCGGUCAAGCCCCCCCGCUCGGAACACCCUGCCGUACCCCCCCACGCUGGCCGCCAGCGCCUGAGGAAGUCCAGGAAGGAGAAUGAUAGCGGAGCGCUCCACCAUCACACCGCGUGGGAAGACAAAGACAAACCAGGACUGAAGAGACCCAAGGGGAUCCUGAAGAUGCAUGUGUCUGAGCAGAGGUCCCACAGCCUGGGGGAGAUCGAGCUGAGUCGCUCCCUGCACUUCCACGAGGGAAGGGAGCUGCUCUCCAGCCCCGAGAGAGAUGAGGAAGAGGACGAUGAUCAGGAUCGCCUGGGGGUCUCGCCGGCCAAGAUGGUGCCCACCCUCCCCAAGAAGGGCAUCCUGAAGAACAACCAGCAGCGGGAGUCUGGCUACUACUCCUCCCCGGAGCGCAGUGAGUCCUCUGAACUGCUAGGGGGCAGCACCUCCAUGGCCCCACCCGCCAGCUCACCAACAAAGAGGUCCAUGGGGAGAAAGGGCAUAUUGAAGCGUAAUGGGAAGUACGGCAACUCCACUUCCUUCCACAGUGGCUUGUCCAAUAUGAGCUACCACGGAGAGACUCUGGGGGACUCGGGCCUCUCUCGCAGCCAGAGUAAACCCUCCAGUAUUGUCUGUGAGGAGAUGGGUCUCUCCAGUGUUCCCCCCUUAAUGGGAAUGGAUUGGUCUCCCUCCUCCCCGCAGCCACACGUCAGGGCCUGUAUGUCGGCUGAGGAUCUACUCCAGCUGGCAGGCUUCAGACGGGGCCUCCAGACGGCUGCAGGGGGGCUCCAUGGGGGGAAGGUGGGGACCCGAGGGACACCAGGGUCUCCUGGUGACGACGGCAGCUUCUCUCUGCUAGGGGACAUGGAUGAUGUGACCCAGGUCUACCAACACACCCUGGACAUCAGCAGCAAUCUGACCUAGAGGAGAUCGAGUUGGGAGUUUGGAAGGGAAGGGACAUGGGAAGGACAGACACACACUUGAACCUUCAUUUCUGGGUUAGGACUGGCCAGGUGUGUUGUGAACUGGGCAUCCCAGCCACCUUAAUGUACUGAAUCUACCCUCUCAGAGACAGUGCUGCUGUACAUCUUUACAUGUUCAAUAGAGCUAAAUAAGUAUUGUGUUGUAUGUCAUUCAGAGUCACAAACCAUGCUGUGGUGAAACUCAAUGUAGUAGACAGUUAGGACUACUGUUCAUGUUAUCUCAAUGUAACAGACAGUUAGGACUACUGUUCAUGUUAUCUCAAUGUAGUAGACAGUUAGGACUACUGUUCAUGUUAUCUCAAUGUAACAGACAGUUAGGACUACUGUUCAUGUUAUCUCAAUGUAACAGACAGUUAGGACUACUGUUCAUGUUAUCUCAAUGUAACAGACAGUUAGGACUACUGUUCAUGUUAUCUCAAUGUAGUAGACAGUUAGGACUACUGUUCAUGUUAUCUCAAUGUAACAGACAGUUAGGACUACUGUUCAUGUUAUCUCAAUGUAACAGACAGUUAGGACUACUGUUCAUGUUAUCUCAAUGUAACAGACAGUCAGGACUACUGUUCAUGUUAUCUCAAUGUAACAGACAGUUAGGACUACUGUUCAUGUUAUCUCAAUGUAAUGGACAGUUAGGACUACUGUUCAUGUUAUCUCAAUGUAAUGGACAGUCAGGACUACUCUCAAUGUAACAGACAGUUAGGACUACUGUUCAUGUUAUCUCAAUGUAACAGACAGUUAGGACUACUGUUCAUGUUAUCUCAAUGUAACAGACAGUUAGGACUACUGUUCAUGUUAUCUCAAUGUAAUAGACAGUUAGGACUACUGUUCAUGUUAUCUCAAUGUAACAGACAGUUAGGACUACUGUUCAUGUUAUCUCAAUGUAAUAGACAGUUAGGACUACUGUUCAUGUUAUCUCAAUGUAACAGACAGUUAGGACUACUGUUCAUGUUAUCUCAAUGUAAUAGACAGUUAGGACUACUGUUCAUGUUAUCUCAAUGUAACAGACAGUUAGGACUACUGUUCAUGUUAUCUCAAUGUAACAGACAGUUAGGACUACUGUUCAUGUUAUCUCAAUGUAAUAGACAGUUAGGACUACUGUUCAUGUUAUCUCAAUGUAAUAGACAGUUAGGACUACUGUUCAUGUUAUCUCAAUGUAAUGGACAGUCAGGACUACUCUCAAUGUAACAGACAGUUAGGACUACUGUUCAUGUUGUCUCAAUGUAACAGACAGUCAGGACUACUCUCAAUGUAAUGGACAGUCAGGACUACUCUCAAUGUAACAGACAGUUAGGACUACUGUUCAUGUUAUCUCAAUGUAAUGGACAGUCAGGACUACUCUCAAUGUAACAGACAAUUAGGACUACUGUUCAUGUUAUCUCAAUGUAACAGACAGUUAGGACUACUGUUCAUGUUAUCUCAAUGUAAUAGACAGUUAGGACUACUGUUCAUGUUAUCUCAAUGUAACAGACAGUCAGGACUACUGUUCAUGUUAUCUCAAUGUAAUGGACAGUCAGGACUACUGUUCAUGUUAUCUCAAUGUAACAGACAGUUAGGACUACUGUUCAUGUUAUCUCAAUGUAGUAGACAGUUAGGACUACUGUUCAUGUUAUCUCAAUGUAACAGACAAUUAGGACUACUGUUCAUGUUAUCUCAAUGUAACAGACAGUUAGGACUACUGUUCAUGUUAUCUCAAUGUAACAGACAGUUAGGACUACUGUUCAUGUUAUCUCAAUGUAAUAGACAGUUAGGACUACUGUUCAUGUUAUCUCAAUGUAACAGACAGUUAGGACUACUGUUCAUGUUAUCUCAAUGUAAUAGACAGUUAGGACUACUGUUCAUGUUAUCUCAAUGUAAUGGACAGUCAGGACUACUGUUCAUGUUAUCUCAACGUAAUGGACAGUUAGGACUACUGUUCAUGUUAUCUCAAUGUAACAGACAGUCAGGACUACUGUUCAUGUUAUCUCAACCUAAUGAUAACCGUGUGUUAUCUAUUUAUAUUGUUGAAACAGACAUAUAUUGCCUGUGUGUUUUGGUAAUUUCAAGACGUACUGAGGUGUAUGUACCCUUCAAGGAAUGGUACUGUAUAAUAGUAUUGCUUGAUUGAAUUGACAUGAAUGCCAUACUUGAUAUUGGUCCUAAUCCAGCAGGACAUCUAUUGUUCAGUAUCACAGUGGGAAGGUUGAAGAGCAAACCGUGUGUAUUGAUAUAAGUCUACUGUAUGGGCCGUCCACAGGAAGUGCCUUUAUUAGUGCUAUGUUAUCAUGUACUGUAUUUCCUGAAGGUUUAUGGAGGAACAGAUAGAUAACCAACCAAACUCACCACACGAGACACAACUAUAGGGAGGCGAUUCACAGAGCUGUGACCACGCAGUCUCCCGAGUCGAAACAACUAGGACUUGUUCAUGUUCGUAACCAUUUGGUUUCACAGUAGAACUGUCGUUGUUUUAGAAAUGGGACUGAAAGACAGAACGACUGAAAGAACAGAAGAAGGUGGGUAGAGACCUGUAGUCAAAACUUAAGUUGAUUCACAGAGUUGUGGCUACAAGCCCUCCAGUCUACAGGACUAGCUCAUGUGUAGGCCGUAUGUAAAUGAACUGUCGUUGUUUUAGAAAGAGAAAUACUGAAAAAACAAGGGGUAGAUAGACGUGAGUUAGUGGGAGGAGUUAAUGGGUUGGUUGUAGAGGUCUUGUUUGUGGAGGGAAGUUGGGUGCUGGCCAGGGCUGUUACACCUCUUCCUCCCCAGACUGAAGACUGAGAGUGGAGAGAGAAAAGAGGGGGUUGAGAGAGAGAGAAAGAGAGAGAGAGGGCUGAGAGAGGGCUGAGAGGGCUGAGAGAGAGAGAGGGCUGAGAGAGAGAGAGAGAGAGAGAGAGUGCUGAGAGAGUGCUGAGAGAGUGCUGAGAGAGAGAGAGAGAGAGAGGAGAUGAUAGACAGAGAGAGCGAUAGUAGCUUAAUGUAGCUGGGAAAAGAAAGGGGGAGUAGAGAGAGAGAGAAAGGUUGAGUGAAAAAGGUAAAAUGGAAAGAAUGUUUGGAAGGGUGAAGGGAAUUAUGUUUCAGCUGACCGAAUAAGUUCAGCUUUAAGUUGGGAAGAUACACAGUUCAACACAUUUCAGCUGAAAGUCAUUACAGUCACUGUAGCUGAAAGUCAUUACAGUCACUGUAGCUGAAAGUCAUUACAGUCACUGUAGCUGAAAGUCAUUACAGUCACUGUAGCUGAAAGUCAUUACAGUCACUGUAGCUGAAAGUCAUUACAGUCACUGUAGCUGAAAGUCAUUACAGUCACUGUAGCUGAAAGUCAUUACAGUCACUGUAGCUGAAAGUCAUUACAGUCACUGUAGCUGAAGGUCAUUACAGUCACUGUAGCUGAAAGUCAUUACAGUCACUGUAGCUGAAAGUCAUUACAGUCACUGUAGCUGAAAGUCAUUACAGUCACUGUAGCUGAAAGUCAUUACAGUCACUGUAGCUGAAAGUCAUUACAGUCACUGUAGCUGAAGGUCAUUACAGUCACUGUAGCUGAAAGUCAUUACAGUCACUGUAGCUGAAAGUCAUUACAGUCACUGUAGCUGAAAGUCAUUACAGUCACUGUAGCUGAAAGUCAUUACAGUCACUGUAGCUGAAAGUCAUUACAGUCACUGUAGCUGAAAGUCAUUACAGUCACUGUAGCUGAAAGUCAUUACAGUCACUGUAGCUGAAAGUCAUUACAGUCACUGUAGCUGAAAGUCAUUACAGUCACUGUAGCUGAAAGUCAUUACAGUCACUGUAGCUGAAAGUCAUUACAGUCACUGUAGCUGAAGAUCAUUACAGUCACUGUAGCUGAAAGUCAUUACAGUCACGGUAGCUGAAAGUCAUUACAGUCACUGUAGCUGAAGGUCAUUACAGUCACUGUAGCUGAAAGUCAUUACAGUCACUGUAGCUGAAGGUCAUUACAGUCACUGGAGCUGAAAGUCAUUACAGUCACUGUAGCUGAAAGUCAUUACAGCCAUUGCAGCUGAAAGUCAUUACAGUCACUGUAGGUGAAGAUCAUUACAGUCACUGUAGCUGAAAGUCAUUACAGCCAUUGCAGCUGAAAGUCAUUACAGUCACUGUAGCUGAAGGUCAUUACAGUCACUGUAGCUGAAGGUCAUUACAGUCACUGUAGCUGAAGGUCAUUACAGUCACUGUAGCUGAAGGUCAUUACAGCCAUUGCAGCUGAAAGUCAUUACAGUCACUGUAGCUGAAAGUCAUUACAGUCACUGUAGCUGAAGGUCAUUACAGUCACUGUAGCUGAAGGUCAUUACAGCCAUUGCAGCUGAAAGUCAUUACAGUCACUGUAGGUGAAAGUCAUUACAGUCACUGUAGCUGAAAGUCAUUACAGUCACUGUAGCUGAAAGUCAUUACAGUCACUGUAGCUGAAAGUCAUUACAGUCACUGUAGCUGGUACUAUACAUCCUUGGUAGAACAGCAGUGUGUUAGCUCACUGUGAGUGUUACAUAUAGAUGACCUUCUCUCUCUACAGCCUGUGUGCUGCUGGACCAGUUAUAUGUGCUCUAUGAAGCGUGGCUUGGUGAGAGGGCAUAACCUUCAGUUCCACUCUAGAACAGAAAUAACCCAGGCAAUUAUAUGUUUCAGUGUGUUUGGGUUUCUCAAACACCACACGGUUGUUUAAAUGUCUGGGUUUGUGUCCCAAAUGGCACCCUAUUGGUUACUUUUGAACGCAGUUCUAUGGGCCCUUUGUGAAAAGGAGUGCACUACAUAGGAAAUAGGUUGCCAUUUGGGACACAGGCCCAGACAUUUAAACAAUCGGGUGGUGUCCGAGAAACCCAAACAGACUGAAGCAUAUUAGUGUUGAGAAAUCAAUGGAGCCCCACUGUGGAAAUGUCACAUACGCCAACGGAUAGCUCAUCAAAAUAAAUCAAAAUCAGCCAAUGAAUGAUUCUGAAAGGUCAGGGGUCUUUAUGGCUCAGGGCCCAGGGUGUUACCAUAACAACCAACAGUCUUGUUAAGUGUUGUAUGGACUGAAAUGGUAUUUUGUAACUGGAUUUUACAGCGCUGAAAAAUGAUACUAUGUUAGUAUUUUCAUAGGAUUUGUUUUUAAUCAUGCUUCUGUUUUUGAUUUUUCCAAAAUAUAGAAACAUUGUAUGGUUUUAUUUUAUGGGCAGAGGAUGUGUACCAGGUCUGCCUUAGUAACUGGAAGGGGACCUGCCUCCUAUGAAAACAGGGUUAGCGUAUGUGUGUGUAUAAGGGACUGAAGAGGUUAAAGUUCAACAACAGUAAAGAACAAGUUGUAAACACAAGUGAUUCUCUGGGAGACACACACACACACACACACACACACACACACACCUAUGUAGAAUGUAAUGGAAAAGAAAGGGGUGCCAUCAAGUCUCAACAGGUCUAAGAGCCCCCAAGCUGCCCUCUGCCUAACUAGACAAAACAGAUGUUAGCCUACAUCUGUUUGUUACAAUAUGUCAUAUAACUAUAGGAAAACUUGACUAGAUAUUAUCUUAUGAUGAAGUAUUAUAAUGUUAUUUAAGCUUUAUUUUGCUGCUGUCUAUUAAUAGUGAAGUUAUUACUGUUACUAUAGUUACUAUCUGGUUAUAGAUGGUUCAACCUGGAUCGUGCUUUUGUUUGUUACCAUCACAGAUGUGCUGUUCUGGUUUUUAUAAAAACAGUUUCAGAUUGUGUAAUAGCGUUGUUCUCUACUACGUAUUACAGUGGAAAUCAUGUAUGUAGUCAGGAGAGUGAGGAAACCACAGAUUCUCACAAUAUCUUCUUUCUGAAUCAUCUCAAAUAAACAGCUCCAUUUCAGUC